AGUGAAGGUUAGAAUGUGGCGGUAUCUACAAAGUCUGGUGUUGAAGUCGCUCCCAGUUACGGAGGAAGCUUGUGAUUAUAUAGAGUUUAUGUUCCUUCGAGGUAUUAAAAGCGAAUGUAUUCUGUUUAAUUCAAUCCCAUUACCCACCUGCUAUGUCUAAACGUUUUAAGAAGGAGAAAAUUGUAGAGUAUACUGGUCACACUGAACAUUACAGGCUUCCGGAUCCCCUUUAUGCUAAUAGAUAUCGUAGUCAAUUUUCACCAGAUCAAUCUAACUUCGAAAGGAAUGAUAAUGUUGAUGAAGCACAUCUCUUUGUGCCACCUUGUUUACAUUUGCCCCCAUCUUAUGUUUCACACAUGAAUAAUCCUGAUUUCAACACUAGUAAUAAUAAUAAUACUAACAAACAUGGAUCUCAGGGUGUUGUAGAGAAAGUAAUGCUUCGUCUCGUUAAGUAUUUUGAGAAGCCACAGAACAAUGCACCACAUGAACACACCAAUUGUAAUUACCUACACAGUGAUUCAACACUUGAAGAACGUCCACUUAUUUCUGAUCAUGAUGAAUAUGGUAAUGAUCAUGUUUAUUCCACUGCAGCAACAGCAGCAGGUGCAUCAACAUCAUCACCAACUACAGAAGACGGUGCAGAUUCAACAGCUUCUACUGUUAUUAAUCCAAACGAAGUAGAAAGUUGGAUGCGUCGUCGAUUGUAUUAUCAUUUUAUGACACCUAUUGGUAAAUUUCAUGCUAAACGACGUAUUCCAUUCAAACUGUUCGUUCAGAUUCUCAAGGUGUUACUAGUUACAAUCCAGUUAAUUGAAUUUGGAUUUUAUCGGGCAGCUCAUGUAUCUUUUGGUGAUGUAUCACAUAAAGCAUUUUGUCAUCUAUACUUACGUCAGUGGGAUUCACAAUAUGAAACAUUAGAUUAUCCACCUGCAACUGGUGAUUAUGCUGUAUACACAAUAAAUGAUUUUUAUGAACACGUUGGUUAUACUAUCACCCAGUUCAAUAAAACAAAAGAAUUGGCCAUUGGUGGUUAUAUGUUUGAUUCAUUGAAUCCAACAAUGAAAUUAUGUAUGAGAUAUGUAUCCCCUACUACAGAUAAGGAUAAACAUCCUAUGCUCAGUGUAUCAUAUAUACGUGAAUCAGAAAAAUGUACAUCUAUUGAAGUGAAUAAAAUCAAUUCUGAACAAUUAGCUAAUGGAAAUUUAAUAAAAACAUUUUUACAGGAUCAUCAAUUGGAUAUUGAUUUUAAUUAUUUACUUGGAUUUGAUAUUUAUUUCAAUCUGUUAUCUCCACCAAUUUAUCAGUUGGAUUGGACACAAAGCACUGAAUGUUAUCGUUUUAUGAUUAAGAUAUCUUUAGAGAAUCCUUCCCAAUCAGGUCAAAUGAAAAUUAUCCUACGUGCACCAUAUGCAUCCACUCCAUGUAUUGAUAUUUCAAAACAAUUACAUAAUAAUCAUACAUUUGAUCAUAAUAUAUCUAUAAUACAUUCAUCCUCAUCCUCAUCAUCGUCAUCCUCUUCCUCCUCAUCAUCAUCGUCAUCUUCAACGACUACUUCAUCAUUAACAUCUACUACAACUGAACAAUAUAAUAAUGAGAAAAAGUAUAAAUUAUUAAUUCAAUUUUGGAAUUCAACAAUGAAUAAAUCGAUUGAAAUUAAAUAUUUAUUCUCGCAUAGAUUAUUAGUUAUACUGAUUGAUAGUUUUACAUUAAUUCUUAGUAUUAUUUCAUGUAUUCUAUGUAUACGAUCUAUUAUACAAGGAUUUCAUAUGUGGAUUGAGACUGUUGGAUUCUUUAAGAAUUGGUUUGGAAUUCAAUUGAAUGGAGUGUUUUGGGAAUUUGUUCGUCCAUGGAUUUUAUUUAUCAUAGUUAAUGAUUUGGUUAUCAUCACUACAUCAAUAUAUGCAUUGAGUACAUUGAAUCAUAUUCAAGUGAAAUACGAACCAUUGACUUAUUUAAUGGGUAUUGGUGCACUACUUGUCUGGAUUGGUAUACUAUACUAUGUUGGUUUCUCAUAUGAUAACAGCUUACUUAUUCGUACUAUCUCACGUUCUAUACCGGGUUUAUUACGUUUUUGUGUUUGUGCAUUAAUAUUAUUUUUUGCAUUCAGUUUAUGCGGUUGGGUUGUAUUAGGACCAUAUAAUUUGAAAUUUCGUACAUUUAUGUCUACAGUUGAAUGUUUAUAUAGUUUAAUUAAUGGUGAUGAUAUGUUUGUCACAUUUACUAUUAUUAAUGAGAAUGCUCCAAUUGGAAUUUAUUUAUUUAGUCGUUUAUUUUUAUAUUUAUUUAUUACAUUAUUUAUAUAUGUUGUAUUAAAUUUAUUUGUUACAAUUAUAUUUGAAGCAUAUGAAGAAGUUAAAGAUAUGCAAAAUACCCAUGGACGUUCAAAUAAUUCACCAUUAUGGCAUUUUGUUUGUCAACAAUAUUAUAAUCCUAAAUCAUCUAUAUUUAAAGAAGAUGAAACACGACCUGAUCGACAUUUACUUUAUGAACAUGCACUUGGUUAUAUGAUGAAAACAACGACGACAACAACACCAUCAAUAGCGAAAAAAUCAUCUACAUUAAAUUCACAUCAUAUUAACAGAUUACCAUCAUCAUCAUCAUCAUCUAAUAAUGUAUGUUUAAAAUGUAAACAUUCCUUCACAGAUCAUUCACAUAUUCCACAACAACAACAACAACAACAACAACACCGUCAACACCAAGUAGGUGAUAACGAAGAAAGAUGUUGUUAUUGUUGUCAACAUCAUCAACAACAGAAACAAUUCAAACAAAAUCAACAAUAUUCAUCAUUACAAAAUAAUAAUAAUAAUAAUUCAUUAAAUCAGUUGAAUCAUUUUAUAAAUAUAGACAAUAACUCUAAUAUGACAAUAGAAAAAACGUUUAACAAUAAUAAUUCAUAUCCGAUUGAACACAUUCAACAAGGAAUUGAACAAAUCAAUGAUGAUAUUCAUGUAAAUAAUGUUCGUAAUCGAAUAAUUGAAGGAGUGGACAUAAACAUUACAGCUGAUGAAUCUAUUCAUGAAUAGAUUAUUACUCUUUAUAUAUUUUUUAUGGAACUUGUUCUUUUAUUCUUUAUUUUAUUGAUCAUUCACAUAUUGAUUAUUACAUAAUUCUAUUUGACUAUUUAUAUUGUGAGCACUUGAAUCAUUUAUGCAUUUGUCUUCGUUUACUCUCUUUUCUUUUUUUUUAUAUAAAAGAAACCUCAGAAUUAUUAUUGAUACUACUACUACUACUACCAAUUAUGUGUUAGUAAUAUCUAUCUAACUAUCUAUUUCUUUUCUUUUAACUAAUAACAAUAUAAUUACAGCAUAGUUUAUAGUUUGUUUAUAUUGUUGAUUUCAAACUAUAUUGUACUGAUACUAUCUGAUUUUUCUAUGCUAAAAACAAACAAAUGGAAUGGGUUUCGAACCUUGAACUUACUGACCACAUGUGGAAAGUUGUGAACAAUUAACAAAUUGUUUUAUUUGGGCCCAAAUCAACCGAUAAGUAUAUGCACUGUCCACAGGUAUCUAUCUUAUCGUUGCUUUUGUGUGGAUGGGACCACUAGUAUGGACUAAUCGAAUGUAUUUGAAUAUAGAAUGUCUUAGUAAAAUCUGAGAAUAAUAUAAUAAAUAAUUUACUUGGAAAUUAUCAACCAAUCAUCUUCAGCUUCAUUGUUCUUUCGUUUCCACAACAAUCUUUGAUCUCCUUAACAUUCUGUUACUAGGGAUUUCAAUUUGGAUUGAUGAUAUAUACUACUUAUAUCUGUCAACAUUGGUAGCACAUACCAGUGUAUCUUAAAAUAUACGUCUAUAACAACUAAACAUCAGAAAAAACAUACCUUCGAUAAUAUGAUGUUUUAGAAUAAUGAUUGUUUGAAUUUAUGAUGAAUCUAUAAAUCAAUAACAUAUUUAUAAUAUCCCAAUGAGUACUGAUUUGGAGAGAUGAUAACAUAACAUAACAUAUUUUAUAUGAGAUCAAACCGGGAAUGCAGUUUGUCAAAGUUUCAAUAUACAAAUUCAAGUCGUAAAAGUAUAUACUGAUCAAUGAGUUGUGUAUACAGUGAUUUGGUUGCCAGUUAUAGCAUCUCAUUUAUCUUUAAUGUCACUAACGUCAAUGGUAGAGCUUGCUUAAAAGGAUUGUGUAUGUGUCCAUUCAUUCAGAGAACGUAACACAUAAGAUGAUAGAGAACAUUUGUAGUUCAGGAUGAUAAUGUCUCAGUUGUUAUGACCUCUAAACUGAAUGGAUUAAUUGUGAAGCACGUUAUCAUUGCAACGGGUACUUACUUACUCCUCGUGAAGGAGUAUAGACCGCUCACCAGCAUUCUCCAUCCAACCCUGUCCUCGACAAUCCUUUCUAGCUCCUUCCAGUUGUUAUUCAUCCUUUUCAUAUCUACUUCUAUUUCCCGAUGUAAUGUGUUCUUUGGCCUUCCUCUCUUCCGCUUCCCUUCAGAAUUCCAAGUCGGGGCUUGCCUCGCAACAGAUACAUUUGACUACAUAUCCCAGUAAUCUUGUGAACGAUGAAAGUUGUACAAAAUAGUCUAUCCAACUUAGAGAUCACAAUAACAACGUAAUACAAUGAGCUCAAGUUGUAUACCUUUAUGCCUACAACUUCCAAUCUCCUACAUCAUGUACUAUCACAUUUACAUUUAUUACAUACGUAUUUGUUCAUUAAAUGAAUGAUGAAUUAACCUUAUUUAUCUACAUUGAACAAUCUAUUCAAAACAUACACUUUGAAUAUUUCUAGUAUGUUAAGAUACAAACUUUCCUGAUGAAUAACUCAAUAAAAAAUUGUCAAUUACAACUAGCUUGAUCAACAUUAUAGAUAGAUGUAAACAAACAUAAUAUUGAUUCAAAUAAUCAGUGAUAGAUAAUAAUUAGUAAUUACAGCCCUGUAAAAGAUGAGUUAUGAUUCGGAUAUUUCAACGAUAAUAUCUCAGUUUGUGAAGGUGGAUAACGCGAGUCCAGAUUCUACAGAGAAUAUCCGUUACCAUAAGACUGUAGAUACAUCUUGCUGUCAAGUACUAACAAGCAUAAAGCUUAAAUACAAGUUGUUCUGUCGACUACCACCACCUUAAGUGAAUUAUCAUACUGUUAUAACAGAAUGAAUCUUGGAGAAGUUAAGAAACUCGACUCUAUUUACCAGAUUAGGAUGAUUUAUAUCUUUAUUGUAUAAUUAGUAAAUAAAUUUAUUGUUAGAUUUCUAUGUUCCACUUAUUGUAAACUUAUGAUAGACUUACUAACUUUUAGAUACUUCACCAUUCUUUAAUGGUAUGUUGUUUACUCUACCUUCUAAUACUAGUUACGGUAUAAUUGUAUUUCAUAUUUGUUACCCUUUGUGUGUGGUCUGGUAUUAUUUCCAAUAUAUCAUUAUAUAAUUAAAUUAGUUACAAUGAAGAAUUAAUCUCCUUGCCAAUCAUCAUCUUUUAAUUGAUUAUUCGGUUAAAAAGAGGUUCGAGGAUCAAUAAACAUUAAAAUGUUGAUUAUUUGCGUUAUCUUUUAUUUUAUGAUCUCUAGUAUAAGGGUUGUGGAGAUUAUUAAGUUUUUGAUUGAUAUCAUGAACCGAUUGAUGUUAGACCAACACAAUUGAAAACCUGGAAGCACUGGACGGCCGUUUCGUCCUAUUGUGGGACUUCUCAGCAGUGCGCAUCCACGAUCCCGCUCGCGGGAUUCGAACCCAGGGCCUUCGGUCUCGCGCACGAACGCUUAAUCACUUAAUCUCAAUCUAAAACAAUGUGAUCUGUUUG